AUGGAAGAUAACAAUAUGAAUAAUGAACAAAAAUUUAAUCCUAAUAUGUUGGGAAUGGAAAAUAAUGUUAGCCAAGAACCAGCAGCUGAAACAGUAGUAGUUGAACCAAAGAAAAAAGUAGGAAGACCUAGAGGUGCUAGUUCAAAUAAUAAGGUUAUAAAAAAAGAAGAAAAGGUUUCUACAUCAUCAUCUGGUUAUCCUGGUGUUAGUUGGAAUAAGCGUAUGUGUGCGUGGCUAGCUUUUUUCUAUGAUGGUGCAUCAAGAAGAAGUAGAACAUUUCAUCCAAAACACUUUAAUAUGGAUAAAGAAAAAGCAAGACUAGCAGCAGUAGAAUUUAUGAAGACUGUUGAGAAUAAUGGUAGAAAAAAAUCUGGAAAAGGUAAAGGUGGUAGAAGUAAAAGCAAACAAUUAAAUGAUGAACAUUUCAAUGCAUUACACAAUAGUGAUCUUGGAAACAGUAUGAAUGGUAUGAAUGCUCAUAAUAAUUUACACAUGCAGUUGAUGUCUAUGAAUCCAGCUUUUUAUAUGCAGAGUUUAAACAGAAAUUUUAAUAUGUCAGCAAACGAAAGAAAUAAUAUGUUUAACUCUUUGAAUAAUCAUUCUGGAUUAAGUGGACCACUUAAGAAUAUGCAAGAUCAUAAUGAAUUAUAUAUGCAGAAUCAGGUAUUUAAUAAUAUGCAUUUAUUAAAUAAUUCGAAUAGUAGUUUAAAUAAUAAUAGAAAUAAUAAUUCGAAUAACAACAAUAAUAGUAGUAACAGCCAUAAUAAUAGUAGUAAUAAUUUACAUUACUUGAAUGAAUUAAUUUUCAACUCGAAUUUAUUUCAUGGAAAUAAUAUGGGUUAUCAUGAAGGGAAUGUGAAUACUGGUGUAAGUGAUUUAUUAAAUCUUGAUGAUAAUGUUGGUUUACAUAAUAAAGAUGUAGAAAACUUGAUGAAUGUGUUAUUUAGGCAAAAUUAUAAUAUGAACAUGAAUAUAUCAAAUAUCGAUAAGCAUUAUUUACAAGGAAGUAAUAUUCUUAUGAACGGGCCACAAGGAAAUAAUAAUAAUAUGAACAACAGCAAUUCUAAUAAUAACAAUAAUAGUGGUAGUAAUAAUAAUAGUAAUAAUAAUAAUAAUAAUAAUAAUACUAAUAAUAACAAUAAUAGUGGUAGUAAUAAUAAUAGUAAUAAUAAUAAUAAUAUGAAUAACAACAAGAACAACAACAAUAACAAUAAUAAUUCUAAUUCUGGUAAUAGCAAUUCAUCACAAAAUCAACAUAUGUAUCUAUCAAGUCAUAACAAUGAUAUAUUUGAAAAUAAUAAUAAUAAUAGUAAUAGUGGAAAUAACGAUUCAAAUAAUAACAACCAAUCAAAUAUAUCUAAUUUUUAUGAUUAUAAUUUUGAUUUAUAUAGAGGAAAUGUAUCACCAAAUAUAAUGGAUAUGGUUCAUCGUAUGAAUAAUAAUAUGAAAGAUGGGAAAAAUUUAGAUUCUUUAAAUGAUGAUAUUGGAAAUGAUUUAAAUUUUCGAUUACAUGAAAAUUCAGCAUGGAUAAAUCAAUUGAGACAAUCACAUAAUAAUUUGUGUAAUAAUAUAAACAAUAACCAUUGUGAUUUAUGUCAUACAACAUCACCUGAUCAUAGUCUUAAAGGGCAAAUGGAAUUAAGCAAAAGAAAAAAAACUACAUCUAAUAUUAAUAAUAGAAAAAAUGAUUUAUUAGAAGAUAGUGUAAAUAGUUUUGAUCUCAAUAUGCCAUGUUCUUGUUCAUCACAUUUGAGAAAUCAAAAGAAUCAUUUCUGUGUCUAUUAUAACCAAUCUAAUUCCUCUUCUCAAAAUGAAAAUUAUAAAAAUUAUCUAAAUUGGAAUCCUAAUUCUAAUAACAACUUAAUUAAUAAUAGCAUUGAUAAAAAUGAUACGCCUUUAGAUAAUUCUAAUGGAAAUAGUGGAAGGAACUUAGGAGAUUCCAAUUUAUUAUGUAUUUCACAAAAUAAUAAUGGAACUAGUUCUCAAUCAACAAAUCCAAAACAUUUAUCACAAACCAUAGAUAUGAACCAAAAACAAUCUUCACAUACUUCACAAUAUUCCAAUAAUCCAAAUUUACAAGAUAUACAAAAUCAAUUUAGUUAUCAAAACCAGCCAAAUAUUAAUAUGGAUAUGCAUAGCCAAUUGAAUUUAAUAAAACAAAAUUGUAAUUAUUCACCAAAAUGUAUUAACAAUAAUAAAAAAAAAAGUACUACAGGAACAUCCAAAGAUUCAACUAGAAAAUUAUUAUCUUCUCAUUCUUUAAGUAUGCCCCUAGAACAACAACAUCAGUCUUCCAAAAAAAAUAAUUUAAGUUCCUCCUUCAUAGAAAAUAAUUUAUGUACCAAACUAAACAGUAUUAUCAACUUUGAAUGGAUAAAUAAUGAUUUAAAAAUGAAUUUAAAUGGAAACAAGUCAAAUUCAUAUGAUAAUUCUGAAUCUUAA